AUGCCAACUGGAAAGAGAGGUCGGCGAGCAGUUUUCUCCGAUAGUGAAACCGAGGGGACUGAGAUUGCUGAAGAGGACUCGAGACAGACCAGAUCUAGCUCGAAGAGAGCACGUCGAUCUGCAACAGAAGAAAUUAAUGGCUUUCCAGACGAAAUGUCCUUUGAUGAAGAUACCUAUUUUGACGACGAUGAUUUUGGUAGGGAAUCAGCAGAAGAACUGGAAAGAACGAAACUGAGGAGAAAGAGCUCAACUGGGUUGACAGCAGAAUCUAGUGUCAUUGAAUCAAUAGAAUUAGUGGAUUUUAUGUGUCAUAAAUUCCUCAAAGUCAAUUUUGGUCCAAAAAUUAAUUUCAUCAUUGGUCAUAAUGGAAGUGGUAAAAGCGCCAUUUUGACAGGGAUCACUGUUUGCCUUGGAGGUAAGGCCAACGUGACGAACCGUGCAUCAAAUUUAAGGUCUCUGAUUCGUGAAGGCGCAAGUGUUGCUCAAGUAACAUUGAAAUUGCGGAAUCGAGGGGCAGAUGCAUAUCGUCAUGAUAUGUAUGGUGACUCUAUUAUUAUCGAACGUAGAAUUAGUCGAGAUGGUAGUAAUGGUUAUAAAAUCAAAACAAGUGGCGGAAAGGUAGUUUCUGGAAAACGGGAUGAAUUAAACGCUAUUUUAGACCAUAUGGCAAUUCAAGUGGACAAUCCCAUGAAUGUUCUGUCACAAGACACUGCACGUCAAUUUUUACACUCUUCAAGCUCAGAAGAUAAAUAUAAGUUUUUCAUGAAAGGAACUCAAUUGACGCAAUUGAGUGAAGAUUAUGAGUUAAUACGUGAAAGUAUCGAAACAACCCAAAACAUUAUUAAGCACAAAAAAGAGGUGCUACCAGAUCUACUCAGGGCAGCUAAAGAUGCCGAGGCAAAAUAUAAAGAUAUGGAAAAAGCUCGUGAGCUUGAAGUAAUGGUCUCUAAUUUGAAGGAUCAAAUGGCUUGGGCUCAAGUUGAAGAAAAAGAACAGGAAGUUACAGAAGCAGAAACAAACUUGUUAAAGGCUAGAAGACGACUACCAAGCGUUCAAGCUAAUUUAGAAAAAGAACAAAAAGAGGAAAGGGAAAUAAAUGACCAGAUUAAAAAUUUGAAACAUUCUGUCGACACAUUUCGAACAAAGAUAAAUGAGGAAGCACUAAAGUUACAAGAUGAUAAUCGCCAGAGGCGAGAUUAUGUGUUGAAUGCUGUCAAAGAAAGGGAAGACGAAGUCAAUAUACUAACACAAGAACGUCACGAAUUGUUGACAAAAACUGAAAAUUUAGUUGAGAAACUAGAACACAUAAGAAAUGAGAAACGAUCAAUUGUACAGAAUAUUCGACGUACUGAAGAUGACAUUUUACGACAUAAUGAUCUUAUACAGCAACUAAGAGAUCAAAAGAGCGACAAUCUCAAGGCUUUUGGUCCUUCGAUACCUGAUGUGCUUAAUGCAAUUGCUCAUGAGAAUCGAUGGUAUAAGAGACCUGUGGGUCCUUUUGGGAGAUAUAUUAAGCUAACAAAACCUGAGUGGAGAAACACUUUGGAAUCGGUGAUCGGAAGUUCUUUGACCGCUUUUUCUGUUAGUAAUCAUCAUGAUCAACAACUGCUAUCAGGAAUUUUAAAAAGAUUUCAUUGCAAUUCUCCAAUUAUUGUUGGCGAGGAUGACCGCUUUGAUUUCUCAUCUGGAGAACCUAGUGGCCGUUUUUUGACUAUUUUACGCGCGUUACAUUUUGAUGAUGAAAAUGUUAAACGGCGGCUUAUAGUUCAAUAUCAUAUUGAAUCAGUUAUUCUUGUUGAAAACCGUGCUGAAGCUGAUAGAAUCAUGUACAAUGAUGGAAGGGGAUUCCCUAAUAAUGUCAGUGCAUGCUACACUGUUGACGGGUUCAAAGUUGGGCAUAGAGGCGGUGGCUAUUCAACACAAUCAAUUUUUCCCUACAGAGGACCUUCUAGAUUUACACAAGAUAUUGAUUCUCAGAUUCGAGAGACGCAAGACAAAAUUAAUGAAGCAAACUAUAUGAAGUCUCGGUACCUCACCGAAAUAAGACGAGCUGAUUCGGAAAUUGAAAGGGCGAAUCAAGAACAAAGGGACAUCCAGAACAAAAUUAAUGAGAAUCAACGACGUGGAAAACAACUGAAUAAUGAAAUAAUUCAGUUGAAAGAAGAUUUACAG